AUGGAUGAGAUGCGGGCGCAGUGGGAAGCCCUAAUGGGCAACCUGGAGAAUCCCGCCGACCCCAAGGAAACGAAAAGCUUCGAAGACAAGGAUGUAUGCAAGAUGUACCUGGUCGGACUGUGUCCGCACGACCUUUUCGAGAACACGGUAGGCGCCUGUCUGCCGAUACUAACGCCCUGCAGAAGCAUUACAUCGGUCCGUGCGCGCUGCUCCACUGUGACGAGCUGCGAGCGAAGUAAGCACAUCCUGUACCUGGAGCAGAGGAAGACGCGCUACUACAAUUAUGAGGCCGAGACCCUGCGAUUCAUCAUACCGCUCAUCGAGGAUUGCGAUCGUCGAGUGCAGAGGGGACGCGUGAGGGCCGAGGAUGACGUCGCCUGUAAGCAAACGACGCUCGACGAUGCAACCAUCGCGGAAGCCAAGCGCAUCGAUGCGGAGAUUGAAAAGAAAAUGAAAAUCGCUAACGAGCUGGGGGAGAAGGGAGAGGUCGAAGAAUCCUUCAAGCUGCUGGAGGAGGCUGAGCUGCUUAAGAAAAACAAGCUGGAGAUGCUCGAAAAGGCGGGAGAGACUUCUUACCAGUCGCGCAUCAAGCCAUGCGACAUUUGCGGGGCGUUGCUAUCAGCGACCGACACCGACCGCCGCUUAACUGAACACUACAGUGGUAAAAUUCACGUGAGCUACCAGAAACUGCGCGACAUGUCGAAGUUUUUGACGGAGUACAUAAAAGAGCACAAGCCCGACAGGAGGCCGCCAAAUCGUACGCAUAGCCGUUCCUCUCGUUCACAAAGCCCUAGCAGCAGUCGCAGCGGCAACAGUGGGAGGGGACGUCGGCACCGCAGCCGGUCCAGGGACAGGUACAGCAGGAGGCGGUGA